CAAUUAAUGGCCGACCCCAGUGGCCUAUAUCUUUACCUAUAUUCACGGAUGAUGCCGACUAAAAAUUCUUAAAAAACAAUUGAAUACAGCAAUUUGCAGCCAUGUAGUUUCUGGCAAAUUCAGGUUUUUAAAAACAACUAUGUCGUGAUAUACAAGUUACUUGAUGGAAGUAGACAGCAGAUCAGGGUUUGUUAUUGGAUUGAGCAAUGGAAGGAAAGCAUGCAGCUGGGGCCAGCAAUCAGGCAUCCCCUAUUGCUGUGGGACUUAAUGGAUCUGUUUACCUGUCUAAUUUGAUGUCAUCAGUGUCUGAUAAUCACAACAGUGGUUUGAAUUUAAUUGAUCUUCCAUUAUCUUUUUCUGCUUAUAAUGGAUGCACUCCCAAUAUAACUUUUGCAGCCUCUGACGAUCUACUAGUUUCUCUGAACAGCUUGACAGAUGCAAAUAUUUAUAAAAUGUCUGAUAAUAGCUACAUAAACUCAUCAGAGUUAAUGUCUAAGAGAGAUGCUAAGUCCCCCCUUAGUAUCAUGGUAGGAGCUGACGGUAUCCAUAUCCAAGGUCAGAGUAGCCCAGUGAUAACCACACAGUCGAGUAUGCAUUCAGGUCUACACUUUCAUUCAGUUGUUAGUGGCGGGGAUAAGAUGCUCAGUGCUGUCAACAGUCUGAACUUUAAUGACCCGGAAAUGCUUGGGGACUCUGCUUUUGACUCCACCUCCUCCAGUGGUCUGCCACAGUUUGAAGAUGGAUUGCUGUCCAGUUUGGGGUCCACUGGGCAAGGGAUGAGGCUGGGCGAUGGACCAGGGGGGACAUCGUUUGACCUGUUUGAUGGGGGUGUAACAGACAGUUUAUCUUUGUCACCACAGCCAUUUCCUGAGACUAGUUUAAUAUCUGACAGCGCUUCAUCGGUACUGGAUUCAGGUCUGAUGCAGCAUUCAGGUGACAUGGAUGAAGGUGGGAAAUCACCAGGAAGGAAGAAUUCAACUGGCUCACUUAGUGACCAGUCUAAGUUUGGAUCAUCGCAAUGCUCUGCUUGUGGCAAAACUUUCAGCAACAUCGGGGCCCUUGCCAAGCAUAAACUAACGCACUCUGAUGAGAGGAAAUAUGUGUGCAAUGUCUGUUCCAAAGGGUUUAAGCGCCAAGACCACUUGAACGGCCACCUGAUGACACAUUUAGAUAAAAAGCCAUACGAAUGUCAACUGGCAAACUGUGACAAAGGCUACUGUGAUGCCCGCUCGCUACGUCGCCAUUUAGAACAACAUCACCACCUUGAUCCCCAGACUAUACAAACUCACGUCCAGGCAAGUAUGGCCGCAGCAGGAAUUUCUCCGCCUGCUCCUCGGAAUGGUGGCAAGAAAAAUUCAGAUGGGAGAAAUAAACAUCUUAGCUCCCCUGUUUAUAGUCCGGGUUCUGCUACCCCCACACCAAGUCCUGGAGCUUCAGGGGCUGGGAAUGUUUUCCAUUUUGACACCCAGCAACUGAAGACAAGCCAGCAACAGCAAAAACAACAGGAGCUAAUGGUGCAGCAGAUACACCAACAGCAGAAACUGCUUCUGCAGCAACAACAGCAACAAAAACAGCAACAGGAAGAGCAGAAGGCAAAGGAACAAAUGAUGUCACUCCAAUCAAAUGACACAGUCACCCAGCAAAUACAACUGCAGCUCCAGCAGCACAGGCAAAAACCACAAACAGACAUGCUUGCAGCCAUCCAGCAAGUCCAGCAGAUACACCAGGUCCAGCUGGAGGCUCAGAAGAAAAAGGCAGCUGCUGAGAAGGACUUAACUUCUGUGGCAAUGAGCUCAGUGCAGGAUGUUUCCUGGCAGGAUAAGGCAGGAGUGUACACAUUUGUGGGUACUCCUACAUCUAACGAGCAGUCCCCAACUUCACGAAAUGACCAAUCUCCCAGCGGAGUGAUAUUGUCUGGUGAGCUACCAGCCCGCAGCCCAGUUUCCCCUGUGACCAUCCAGCCUGUCAGUCCAUUGACUGGUCAGUCCAACAGGACAAAUAUCUGGUACAAUGCUGAUAACUCGGCCUCAGUCAAAAUGGAAGAGCAGCCCAAGACCCAAGCUUAUUGUACAACUUGUGACAGAUAUUUUAAAAACGCAGCGGCUCUGAAUGGACACAUGAGAUGCCAUGGAGGUUUUCUCAAGAAAGGAAAGGAAAAAGAGGGUAAAAAGUCACCCAUGAGAAAAUCAUCUUUAUCUGAAAUGGGCCCUCCCCUCAGAAGGCCUCCCCACACAUCCACCCCAUCCCCACAGCCUGCCAUCCCAAGAACCUCUCCAACCACACCCACAUCCUUGACCUUCUCUCCAACCCAGCUUGUGGCUGGUCAGCAAGUAGAAUACAGCACUGUUGACAUAAUGAGUGUUGGAUCACCAUCUGACCAACAGCUACAAAAUUUUACUAUCAAGUCUGACCCAAGCCUUACUGACACAGCUCUGCCCCAGCAGAAACACAAACAUCUGCAAGAGCAGUUAUCCUCUCACAUCUUGAAGAGAAGAAUGUCAGAAGAGCAACAGCAAAGGCGCCAACAGCAACAGCAGAAAACUCUACAACAGCAACAACAGCAGCAGCAGCAGUUCCAACACACGCAGCAACACCUGCAGCUGAGUCAGGACAAGAUGUGUUUCCUUGAGCAGCAGAACCAGCUCCAGGAGCAGGUCCAGCAGAAUAUUCAGUUCAUGGCAAGUCAGCUUCUAGAUUCUUCUUCAGCUCCUAUGACCAUAGAAACACUACCUGUUAGAACAGCAUCCCCCCACCAAGGUGAACAUAUACAGAGAUUGGUUCAAAGUUUCCAACAGGUGGAGGAACUUCAGAGACAGCAGCAGCAACAGGACGAGCUGCCGCAGUUAAGUGCUGAACAGCUGGAACAGAUCCGACACCAGCACAAACUCUUGGGGCUUCCACCACUCAAUCCGCAGCAGCUACAGUACCAGCUGCAGGAGCAGCAGAACCAGCUCCUGCAGGCGCAGAUCAGGGAACAACAGCUGCAAGAGCAACAACAACAACAACAACAACAGCAGCAGAUCCAGGAGCUGGACCAAGGUGCGGUCAUCAUGGCGGCCAACCACCCGGGUCUCCUGCAACAGCUGAACACCACACAGAUCACAUCAGCACCUCUCAGCAUGGCCAUCAGCUCCCAGCCCUUAAGCCUGCCUGCCCAGAGCAUCCUGCAGCUUAGUAACCAAACCAAUGAACCCACAGACAACAGAGCUAGUAUAUCCUCACAAAUCGCUUUGAACACGUCAGUGCAGCAAAUUUUAGCCGCUCUUGACCCAUCCGUGGUUCGAGCAGCUGGGAUUAACUUGAACGACCACCAACACUUACUUGAGCAGCUACAGAAACAGCAACAAACACAGCAGGAAUUGUUAGGGCUGCAAGUCCAGUCCCAGGUGACCGGCAUCGCCCACCCGUCAGGCAUACUCUCUGGUUUACACAUAGGUCAAAUUCCACAAAUUCUUCUGCAGCCGCCUGAUUCUGACGAUAUGAACGGAGUGCCCACGAUCUCCAUCCCCGAGUCAGUAGUUCUGGGGAGUGACUCCAGCUCAGUCAUGCAAGCUAGCAGUGAGUCUGAGCAGGAACAAAUCAAGCGGAUACAAAAUGGUCUAAUGGCCAGUCAACCCAAGAGACAGCAAGAAGCGCUGAUGGCCUCACACGCUCACCCCAGCCUGGUUCAGACAUUGGAGUCCGGCAUGAUUCGGACUAAUCAUCUGGACCAGACUGGCAUACCUAACUUCCUUAACAUUCAAGCACCAUCAACUCAUUCAAAUUUGGGCUCACAGAAUCACUUUGAUCAACUCAGGGAUGGCAUAAUCCAAGGCAGCAGCAGCAGCAAUAGUAUUCAGCAAGACCCAGGCUCUUUUCUCCUGACAUCCUCCUCCCCUGCAGGCCACCACCCCUCCUCCACCUCCUCCACAGACGCUGUUGUGGCGCAGAUACUUAAGAACAUCAGCAACAGCAUGGCUGAGAGCAGUAACGCGGAUAACAUGGACUACUCUUCCUCGCGCGGGUCAGCUUUGGAGAAUAUUUUAGAACGACCAACAUAUCAACCUUUCCAGGGGUAUCCAUCCUCUUUCUCAAAAACUUUCAAAGAUUCAAUAAAACAGGAUGUCAUGCUUUCAUCCGCGGUCACGUCAGAUUUAAACCGUCAUUCUUUAUGCAAUGAACCCUUGGCAAAAGAUGAUGUGCCUUAUACAUCAAAACCUACUAAAGUACACUACAAUGGACAAGGUAAUAAAAGACGCCUGUCUGCAGAUCUUGAAUCCCAUCGCAGGCAUUCUUCCAUUUUUUCAAUACUUAACAAACCCAACCAGGCUAGCAUAAACCCUCACUCCACCCUUGUCAACCCAAUGGAGGUUGAGGGGAUCUGCUCAGCCAGGGUGAGAGUACGGAGUAAAUCCGGAGACAUAAACUACAAAUAUGUGCGCUCCAAAAGUGUGGACCAUUCACCAAUGAGGCCUCGUAGUUUCACUGAGGAAUCCUUGUACAGAUCCAACCCCAGGCUGGAGGAAACGUUCAUCAAAAGUGUUAAAUCUAACCCCGACGAGGACCUGUUCCCUGACGGGUCGGGCGUCUUCAGAAAUCCUAGCUCCAGUCCUCUCAAAAUAAAACGCAAGCACAGACCAGCGCCCCUGUACAUCCCACCCCAGUUCGGGCUCUUCCACAGCCGGUUGCGUUCUCCUCGGGUGUUACACAAAGAGGGUCAUAUCUCUUUGGAGAGGGGUAAAGGUCACACUCCACCACCCUACACCCCACCGCCAAUGUUGAGCCCAUUUCGUAGUGGAUCUGGCCUGUUCUGUACGCUGCACUCAGCUCAGCCACAAACUCCGAGGUCUGCUCCUGUCUCAGGGAAAGCUCUGUUCAUGAGGAGAGGGAGUUUAGGAAGCGGUAAAACUGAGGGGAUUGUUGAAUUUUUAGCUGAUCAGACAACCAAGGAAGAGCCAGCUCCUGAGACAGACACUGAAGCUCAUAUCAACAUUGGCCCAGAUUAUCAAGCUGUGUUGCCUUUACUGAGAGACAAAUCUAAAGCUAACCUGUUUACACCUGUUGAUGAGAAGAAAAAUCUUUUAUGGGAUCCAUCAUCUGAGGGGGACAACACUGAUGCACAAUUACAAUGUUACCAGGAGUUUUCCUGCAGUGCUGCCAUAAAGGGGAAUGGGUGUAAUGUGGAAUAUGCUCUACAUCUGUUACAUUUAGCUAAUGGAGAGAUUAGUGAUGCCAUGUUGAUGCUAAUGGCAGACCCACCUGACUUACCCCCUGGUCAUCCAAUGCUGGACUACAAGUAUCAGGAAUCUGAUUCCUGGAAUUCAAAUGAGAUGGAGAAAUUUUACAAGUCUAUAAUGACACAUGAUAAAGAUUUCUUUAAAGUUGCUAAAGAGGUGGCGACCAAGUCCGUGAAGCAGUGUAUUCAGUUUUACUAUGUGUGGAAGAAAGUGUGUCCUGACGACUACAAACGCUUGCGCCACUCACGCAACAAGCAGGGGGAGUACAACACACGCAGGCAGGCAGAGAGGGCCGCAGCGCAGGCAGCUGUGGAAAAGACAGUCCAGGCUGCGUUCAUUGAGUCACAGUCGGAGGGCCCUGCCAUUAUGGUGGCCCCAAGAGAGAUACCUGAGGAGAACUUGGAGGCUGUUGAUUCUGAUGCUGCCAGCUUUAUGUCUGAUAAUGAUGAUCUGAGUGUUGCCCCUGAUUCCAUCCAGAGCACAGCUCCUAACACAGCCAACUCUACACCUACUAGGAUGGAGUCUCCUCUACCCCCUCCACAGUUUCAUUGUACAUUUGAGGGCUGUAAUGUGGCUUGCUCAUCGAAACAGAGCUUAAAACGGCACAUGCGCAAACACCAGGAUAAACCACAGUCCAGCCCCAGUGCCCAGCGCAAGCCACGGCCCAGCACACCAAGUAGAUCACCUGUGUAUGAUCAGUUUGGUGAGGAAAUAUUUCCAUGUAGAAUAUGUGGCAGGGUAUUUGCUAAAGUGAAAAGUCGCAGUGCACACAUGAAGAGCCACAAAAUUGCGGAGCAGUCCCAGAAUGAGAGGAAGGUACCAGAAAUGGCAGUAAUCAAUGCAUCAUUUAUCAGCUCCUAGGCCUCAGUUGUUGCCAAGAGGGCUGGACUUUUGAUCUCAACUCUACCAGCGGAGUGGUACAAUCUCAUUCUAUGCAGCAUCUGUUGCUAUUCCUUCAGUAGGACCUGUCCUGCUGGUCCUUCAAUAGGACUUGUCAUACUGGGGUCCUUUAAUAGGACCUGUUCUACUGGUCCUACAGCCUAGCCAGUGCACCACAUCACACGGAAUUAAACCACCUUACCAUCAUACUUAUCAUCCUAGUAAACACUGCACUGGCUAAACCAAUGACAAGAUAUAUGACCAUAAACUACUAUUACUCCUUAGUGCUCUCCUGGAUUAAAGUUUCAAUUCAUCCCAAGCACCAAGAAAAAGAUCAUUACUAAUGUAUCCUUUUUUUACUGCAUAUAUUUCUGUUGAAAGAGGGAAAUCAAAAUAGUCUACACAUGUGAAACAGCUAGUGAUGCAACCAGCCCUUCUUCCAACCACUUUGGGUAUAAUUUUGUGCGAGUUGGAGGUGUUCCAGUAAUUCUUGUAUGACAGUUCAUGUUUUAGCUGUUACUUUGUUGAUACUACAGCAUAAUAACACUGGUUGGAUUGCUCAUUGCUUGUAGAUAAUAGUUGUACUGGUGUGUUUGGCACAUGUUCCAGUGGAAUGUUCUGGGACAUCUUGAGUCAGCUUACAGGUUAGUCUGGCACAUGUGCCAAUGUUCUGGUAGAACAUUCCUGGACAACCUGAUUUACAGUUGCCAUAGCUGUGUUUGGCACAUGUUCUGGUGGAACAAUGUACCUGUUACAUGUUCUGGUGACAUGAUAGUUAUAUGUUCUUAUAAUAUUGAAAAACUAACACCCAGGAGAGGUGCUAGAACUUUGGAUUAUUUAUUAUUUUUUUCUGAUCAUUUUAUUUUUUGUACAAAAAGUUUGUUUUACACUUAAGUUCUUAAGGUGAAUUUAUUAAAAAAAAAAAGAAAAAUUAAAUAUGUACAGCUAAAUUACAGCGAGGUUAAAAAAAAUUAAAACUGCUAUACGUUUUAUAAUUUUUGAUGAUGUCAAAUGUUGAGGCUGUGCAUUUUAUCAUCAAGGUGCUAUUUACACACACAUACUGUUUUAUUUUACUCCAUUAAAUGGAGAGUUCAGGUUUUUUUGCAGUUAUCUUUUCAUACCUUUUCUAGAGAAAAAAAAGGGAUAGGUAACACAAAAAAAAACUAACACGGUUUUGAAGAUAAUGAAAAAUUCUAAAAAAAUUAAUGCAAGAGUUAAAUUAAAUUUAACAUAAGAUUGAAUAUUUUUGUGUUUUCUCCAUUUCAAAAUGAGAUGUUUUAAUUUUAUAGAAGUGUUUCACAUUGAAGCCCAGACUAUAAAGUUGUAGUAGAUUGUUGAGGUGUUUUGAUGAGAGUUUCCUGAGUUUUGUCAGUCUUCUUUCCUCUUUUGAAUAGGGCUGGUAAGUGGGUCACCAACCAGGCUCAAUAAAACCUGCAUGAGCCAUAGAACUGGUUGGUGACCUAUUUACCAGUCCUAUUGUGUGCUCAACCUGGUCUGUUACAUGCAGUAUGGAGUGCCUCAAGCUGUUUUGUCUUUCCUCCGCUCUAUUCAACUGUUUGUCAACCGGCUGGAAUAGUACCAAGUUGUACAAUAACGUUGAUGUAAAGCCCUUGGUUGUAAUGUCCUAGUCAAAAUAAAUUUUUUUUAAUGUAAAUAUUUAAAAAAAUAAUACUUUGAUUGUUAGUGUUCAUAUUAUACAAACAUAAACAGCUGGAGGUCAAGAGUUAGAGGUGAAAUGUCACUACUAAUGCAGCUCUACUAGCUGUUUGGGCUUAAAGUUUAUGUUGCUCAUUGUUGUGAUAUAUACAGAUAUAAAGCUAACACAAUUUUAAAAGAUAUUACAAGAUAGUUAAAGCUUUAUUUAUUAACAAAUAGUAAGACUGUUGAUGAUGCAUGUGACAAAAACUUAAACUUCCUCGGUAGAAGAGUACUUAUAAAAACACAGCCUGUUAACACAGUGAUCAAUAUUUUUUGUAUUUAUAAUGUAUGUACGAUUUGGUUAUACUUUAUUUCUGUGACGAAAACAUUCUGCUCUUUAUAUUUCAAUUUUUCUUAGACUUUGUAUAAAACUGGUUCGUAACCUGGGUUAGAUCGAACCCCAGGGGUUUGACAAGUUAGCUUCGGCUGUUUAGUUGGUUCAAGACACAAUGUUCUGCGAUCGGAUUUAAUUAGUACGGACAAUUAAGCUAUUAAGAAGGGUCCCGUGAAUGCGCAUAUGAUACUGGUGGGGUUUGGUGCCUCUAAAAGGGUUAAGAACCACUGGUUUAAAUCAGGCCAGGUUAAGGUUGGGUAGAAGCAACAAAUGCAACUGUGGUAGUUAAAAUUUUUGGCUUGAA